AUGCUCCCGCCACCUCAGUUCUCCCACGGCGACUUCGUCGCCGUCCUCUCCCGCUGCGCCACCCUCGCGCACCUCAAGCAGCUCCACGCCCACUCCUUCCUCACCGGCCGCGCCGCCGCGCAGACCACCACCUUCCACCUCCUCCGCUUCGCGUCGCUCCGCCUCUCCUGCCUCCCCUACGCCCGCCGCCUCUUCGACUCCACGCCCCACCCCAACGUCUUCCUCUGCUCCGCCAUGCUCUCCGCCUACGCCGCCGCGUCCCCGGCGCACGCGUACUCCCGGGACGCAGUCUCCCUCUUCCUCCGCAUGCUCCGCCGCGGCCGCCCCGCGCCCAACCACUUCGUCUACCCGCUCGCCCUCCGCGCCGCCUGCGCCGUCGGCGUCCACCUGAUCAGGUCGAUCCAUUCCCACGCCUGCAAGAGCGGGUUCCACGCGUACGAUGUCGUAAGGACCUCGCUGCUCGACGGGUACUCGAGGUACGGGAUGAUGCAGGACGCGCGGAAGCUGUUCGAUGGUUUGACCGACAGGAACGUGGUCUCCUGGACCGCGCUGGUGUCUGGCUACGCGAGGGCCGGGAAGGUCGGAAACGCGCUCGUGAUGUUUGAACGGAUGCCCGAGAGGGAUGUGCCUGCGUGGAACGCGGUGAUCGCUGGCUGCACGCAGAAUGGGCUGUUUGUGGAGGCUGUGGGGAUCUGUAGAAGGAUGGUGGAUGAGGGGUUCCGGCCGAACGGGACCACCGUUGCGUGUCUUCUCUCUGCAUGUGGGCAUCUCGGGACGCUGAAAAUCGGGAAGCUGAUCCAUGGUUAUGCGUGGAGGAGCCGUGUUGGUUUUGGCUCGUCUGUUGUGAACGGGUUGAUUGAUAUGUAUGGUAAAUGUGGGAAUUUGAAGGAGGCGAGGUGGAUGUUCGAUGAGGUUUCCGAUAGGAGUCUGACCACAUGGAACUCCCUGAUUAAUUGCCUUGCACUGCAUGGGCACAUCGAGACUGCAAUUGAUGUGUUCACUGAGAUGAGGGAUGAAGGAAUUGAACCUGACGAGGUUACGUUCGUUGGACUGUUAAAUGCAUGCUCCCAUGGUGGAUUUGUCGAUGAAGGGCUUAAGUACUUCAAACUCAUGUGCAAUGAGCUGAGGAUUGAGCCAGAGAUUGAGCAUUACGGGUGUAUCGUUGACCUUCUUGGUCGAGCGGGGCGGUUUGAAGAUGUAAUGAAUGUUAUCAAAGAUAUGAAAGUCCAACCAGACGAGGUCAUUUGGGGGUCACUACUCAAUGCCUGUAGGACGCACAGACAGCUAGAGCUUGCUGAGUUUGCUAUAAGAAAGCUACUGCAGUUGAAUCCAAACAAUGCUAAUUAUGUCGUGAUGCUGGCAAACUUAUACAGUGAAGGUGGAUUCUGGGAAGAAGUUACGAGGGUGAGGAAGCUCAUGCAGGAGGAAAUUAUGGGCAAGAAACUGCCUGGUUGUAGCUGGAUCGAGGUGGACCGCAAAACACACAUUUUUUACUCUGGUGAUGAUGCUCAUCCUGAAUCAGAGGAUAUCUGUAACAUUCUCGAGGAAUUAGCGGCCUCAAUGGAAAUCUGUCAGGAUUGAUUUUUUUUUUAAAUACGACAUGAGUUCUCCUUUAAUUUGAUAUUUGGAGAACUGAACACCACAGGGUGAAA